AACCUGAGCUGAUCUCCCGCCUGGAACGAGGGGAAGAGCCGUGGGUCCCGGAUCUCCAGGUCUGUGAGGAAAGAGAGUGCCUGAGAGGUGAUCGCACAGGUGCUGAGCGAGGGAGUGAGAAUGAGAAGGGGAAUCAUCAUCAGGAAGUUGCUGGGAAAGUGGAACCACAGGGAACCUUCAUGAAAAGAGCUGAAGGGAAUUUUUCCCAGUGCUGGGAAGAGGGAGAAACCUGUGGAAAUUGGCACAGGUCAAAGAAGCUGCAGGGAAAUCACCCAAAAGUGGAUGAAUCAAAUUCCAAGGAAGACAAACGCUAUGAAUGCCUCGGUUAUGGGGAAGGAUUCAUUGUGAGAUCACAGCUUGUUACACAUCAGACAAUCCAUACUAGAGAGAAACCCCUUCAGUGCUUGGACAGUGGACAAAACUUCAAUAAUCACUCAGACCUGAAUAACCAUGAGAGAAGCCACACAGGAAAGAAACCCUAUCAAUGCCUUGAGUGUGGGAAAUGGUUCAUGUGGAAGUCAGAACUAAUUAGACAUCAGCUAAGCCACACAGAAGAGAGACCACAUAAGUGCUUCGAGUGUGGGAAAAGUUUCAUACAGAGGUCUGACCUUCUUAAACAUCAGGCAAUCCACACAGGAGAUAGACCCCAUAAACCUUUUUAA